CGAAAUGUGUCUUUCACACUGGUGUUUGGUAAAUGAGACCUUUUAUCUGUACCCGUGUUCAACGCGUGCGGAUCGAAGACGGCUAUGGCAGACUGCCCCUUGUGAUGCGUCCUGGCCCAAAUCUGCGCAAAAAAAAAAAAAAAAAUCUGCGUGAAUUUUUACAAAUCUCUUGAUUUUGCUGCGAAAUCAUGGAUGAGACUGUAAAGGAAGAUGAUCUGGAAAUUCUUCACGUAGCAGUUGAAUGAAGCAUUUCAAAAAUCUCACCAAUGUUCACAAAUAUUUGCCCAUCAGCCAUCCUGUGUGUAAAAAAAACAAACAAACAAACAACCCUCUAAUGCAUACAGCAGAUGAUGCCAUUGGAUCGAAGAAAUCUGACACCAACAAACUUCUGGAGCUUCUGAGUAUCGCAAAAGUAGUUGGACUUGAAUAGCGAGUCAAACCCUUAAUCAGUACAUUCCUUUCACAUUCAGUGAUCUUCUGGGAAGCACUUUAGAAAACAAUGAGUUGUAUUCGCCAUGUUUUUUUAAAAUUUCUUUUCUUCUUCCUCACCAGUUCAGUUCAUUCGACGUGUAACUCGAUCACCUGGAUGUCCGAAUGAACCCUCCUCCUCCUUUUGGCUCUUUCUGGAACCAAAUCUAAAUUCUCUAAAUAUCAUUUCAUUUCAUUUUUUGGACACUCCUGAGGAAAAAGCUUCAUUGUAUCUGCAUUUCCACCACAUACAUGAUCCCAAAGUGCUGAUUCUUAACUUUUAACUCCAUCCCUUUUGCUCUGUAAAACAUUCCCUAGAACCAUUCGACCCAAAAUCCUUUCUAAUCAACUCUAAUGGAAUAAAUUAUUCCGGUUUAUAAGCUGCAACGUCUUGUGUUUUUAUUCGUUAAAUGAUUUGAUUAGGGAGGUGACACAAAAAAAAAAGAGACGUGAGAAAGGAAUGAAUAAGAACGACAACUAUUCAUGUAGGUGUUGUCUUCUAACACGCCCCAUGCACACCAUGAGGAGGGACGUCGCUCGUUUAAUAACCAGUUUGCGGUAUAACCUGUGUGGCAGAUACUUCAUUCAGAGCUUUGGUUGGCAUGAUGGAUAAUUGUUGUAUGUCAAGUGCGGAGCAAGAAGCUCAAAGAAUCCACCAGGACAUCGAGAGACAGCUCAGAAUGUCCAGAAAAGAAAUGCAGCACCAGGUGAAGCUGUUACUUUUAGGUACAGGCGAGAGCGGAAAAAGCACCUUCAUCAAGCAGAUGAGGAUCAUCCAUGGAAAAGGCUACUCUGAGGACGACAGGAGGGCCUAUACCAGGUCCAUCUUCGAGAAUAUAUUCGUUGCAGUGAAAACCAUGCUCCAAGCCAUGCAGACGCUUCAGAUCCCGUUCACAACUGACAGAAAUAGAGGUUAUGCUGCGAUGCUGCUUAAUGUGAAUCCAGGAGAAAUGAGCACUAUAGAUAAGCGCUAUGCUGAUGCUAUAAGCAGCAUGUGGCGAGAUCCCAGCAUGCAGGAGUGCUACGAGCGCAGGAGAGAGUACCAGCUCUCUGAUUCGGCCAAAUACUACCUGGAUGAUCUGGAGCGAUUAUCAGGUCCCCUUUACGUGCCCACUGAGCAGGAUAUUCUCAGAGUACGAAUUCCCACCACUGGAGUCAUCGAGUACCCCUUUACCAUUAGCUCUGUUGUAUUCAGGAUGGUUGAUGUCGGGGGUCAGCGUUCAGAGAGGAGGAAAUGGAUCCAUUGUUUUGAAGACGUGACUUCUAUCAUUUUCCUGGUGGCACUGAACGAGUAUGACCAGGUCCUGUAUGAGAAUGCUGAUGAGAAUCGUAUGGAAGAGAGUAAAUCCCUCUUUAAGACCAUCCUCAGCUGCCCAUUUUUCCAAAGGACCUCCUUCAUCAUCUUUUUCAACAAGACAGAUCUCCUUCAAGAGAAAAUCUCCAAGUCCGACCUCGCAGACUACUAUCCUGAAUACGACGGCCCCAAGAACGAUGCAAACGAAGCGAGGAAGUUCAUCCGCAAUAUGUUUGAAGCUCAGAACUCCGAGGCAUGCAAGCGUCUGUACUCGCAUUUCACUUGUGCGACAGACACAGAAAAUAUCCGCUUAAUCUUUUCAGCUGUGAAAGACACCAUCAUGAGGAUCCAUUUAGAGGACUUCGGCCUGAAUUAGAACAUCUGCAGCUCUGACUUUUAUUUUGUUAUUAGAAUUAUUUAUUUACUACAGUUAUUUAGAUGUCACAUUCCUUACAGAAGAAUCACGAGUCACUUUACAUAUGUGCUUUUUCUACUUCGCAUAUUGUUUGACAAAUUUUUGACGUUUUUAUUAUUUUUUUUUUCCAGAUAUGAUUUGUUUUGUAUGAUUUUGGUUUGACAAUUAUGGAUGUAAAUUUUUCAUGUGAUCACAUAUUCGUGUUCACAUUAGCAGUUUCAAGGCAUAACAUGGUGAAAUGCAUCUUCACAUCAGCAUAUGAUCACAUGAAAUGGAUCUGAAUUUUCUGUAAGGGUUGUGAUUGAUUUUUAUUUUUAUUUUUAUUUUAUUUUUUUGUUUAGGACAGAUAUGCUUUGUUUUGUAUGUUGAAUGUUUCUGUAACUCUACGGUGUAAUACUGCCAAUAUUGCUGUUUAAAGGUUCCUUUAUUUUUGUACAAAAACACAUUUUCCCAUCUAGAAGUUGGAACUUUUUAACAUUCAAACCCUUAAGGAACUGCUUUUAUUUUCUCUAAAAGUGUAGGUGUGUAGCUAGCCCAAAUAACCUUCCAUUUAUAGUGUAUCCUAUCUGAUGUUUCCAAAGGAGAGAUAUUUAAACAUACGCAUUCUUCAAAAACACCAUUAAAUCCAAUAAUGCAACUAAAUGGCAUAUUAACAUUUUGGGAUUCAGUAAUAACCAUGAACGUGUUCUGUGUUGUAGUUUAGAAUAUGUCCAUUAGAUGGCAGCACUGUAUUUGGGUCGGUCUACUAGUAAUCAAGUCAUCCUUGAUUGAUUCAUUGAGUCAGAUCAUUUGACUCAGCUCAGCAAUAAGACUCGACUCUUUCGGCUACCAGACGACUCAAUGAUUUAUUUAUUUAUUUUUUUGUUUGUUUGUUUAUGUUUGGCUGUUUGCAAUAUGAAAGAUGAUUAGCCUUCUUGGGAGCACAGUGGCUUAGUGCUUAUCAUGUUCACUUCACGCCUCCUGGGUUAGGGGUUUGAAUCCCACCUCCGCCCUCUGUGUGUAGAGUUUGCAUGUUCUCCCUGUGCCUUGUGGGUUUCCUUCCUGUCGUGGUUGUUGUUAUUUUUAUUUUUUUUUGUCCAUUUCACGUUCCAGUUUGAAAGAAGAAACAAUAUCUGCUCUA